GGGCGGCGUAGCAGGUUUGUUCGGUCGCUAGCUUCGUCGGGCCACCGGGACGAGCAAGCAGAGCACUCCCUGCAAUAUAAAGGCCGCCCCGCACCGUCCACCGGCCAAGAUUCGCGUGAGCUCUGACUGUGUGUGAGUGGCACAAGAUCGAGCAAUCGAGCGUGGCAUACUACGCGAGGGACCGGAUGAGCCCCGGCGUCGCGGCAAGGAAGCGCUUCGGCGGCGUCGGGUUCGCGCUCGGCUGCGGCUGCAAGGACCCCAAGGCCGUGGCCGUGGCGGCUGCGGCGGUCUCCGCGUCGUCGCCGUGGUCCGCCACGGAGGCGUCGACGGCGACAUCCACGGUGACGUCGCGCAGGGGAAGGUCGACGACGCACCCGUCGGCGUCGGCGUCGGCGUCGACGGGCACGCUCACCGUGCCCUCCGCCUCGUCGUCCUUCCUGUGGGAGGACGCCGAGGCCGACGGAGACGGAGACGAGGUGGACUGCAAGCGGGCGAGCUCGGCGGCGACCACGCCCAGCUUCUCCGGCCUGCUGCGGCAGCUCGGCGAGCUCGAGCAGGGCGUCAAGUCAUGCGGACGGAAGAGCAGAAAUCACUUCUCGCAGCCGCCCCCUCCUCCUCCGCCGCCCCCGCCCCCGCCGUUACCGUUGCGGCCAGUGUUGCCGCAGCAGCGCCGAGCUCUGCGCAGCGUCGAGGAUAAGCCCGACGGCAAAGAAGGCCACGGGAACUUCUCCCCGCCGCCAUUGCAGGUUCCGACCCCGCAGCAUCGGAGGGCCAAGAGCGUUGACAAAGUCAACAGACAAGAGGGAGACGCGUGCUUGCAGCCACUGCCACGGCCACCUCGCCCUUUACCGCCGCCGCCGCCGCCGGAGGAGAAGGAGAAGGAACUUCAGAACGUGAAGGCCGUCGACAGAGUCAACAACAAAGGUGACGGGAAGCAGCAGUCAUCGACGCCACAGCUGCUGCCGAGGCAAAGGAGAGCCAAGAGCUUCGACAGCAGCAGCAGCAACAACGGCUUCAGCGGGGGCGGCGUAGGGCUCGACGGGAGCGUGGCGGUGGUGAAGCAGUCGGAGGACCCGCUGAGCGACUUCCGGCGGUCGAUGCUGAACAUGAUCGUCGAGAACGGGAUCGUGACGGGGGACGAGCUCCGGGAGCUCCUCCGCCGCUUCCUCGCGCUCAACGCGCCCCGCCACCACGACGCCAUCCUCCGGGCCUUCGCCGAGAUCUGGGACGAGGUGUUCGCCGCCGGCGCGGCGGCCGAACCCGCCGCCAGGCCGAAGGUAGCGCAGCCGCCGCGGCAGAGGACUCCGCCUCGCCGCCGGCACCCUCUGCCGGCAUGGCGCGUGUAGCCGAGUGACGAAGUAAAAAAAAUGGCAAUGUAGCCUUGAUCGGAUUGCUGCUGCUUCCAAGAAAUUUGUUCGACCUCACUUGAAACCCAAAUCUACGGGCUCGAGCGCCCUUUUCUCUUUUCCUUUUCGGUAA